AUGCUUAAAUUUACACAUCCAUCAGAUGAUAUUAUCGAUUUGUCAUUUGAGAAAGGGCAAAUUACAUUUGAGCAUCCUUCAGCAAAGAAUUUAGCAAUAAUUCUUGCCAAAUUUGCCAGAAGUAUCCUAACAAAAGAAGAACUCCCGGUGAUAAAUAUUAAUGAAGAUGAUCCUGAAGGAUUUACCGGAACAAAAUUAUGUGCACUACGAAGAUUCAGAGCUUUAAUGUUCAGCGAGGCGUUCGAGCUUAAACCUUCAUAUAUCAAAGUUUUUGCUGAUUAUUUAAAAACAGAUUCACAUACAUUUGACUGCACUGAAUUCCAAAAUUUCCAAGCCAUCGAUAGAUUUGCAAUACAAGCCCUCGAAGUAGAUACAACUCUUGAAAAAAUCAUCAUUCCUCCCUCAGGAGAACAUACAAAUUGGAAAUUUGUUUCAUCCUUACUUGCUCAUAGCCAAAACCUCAAGAGUAUCGUAACUAGUGAGAAGUUUGAUGAAACUGCAAUAUCUUUAUACGAAGCUUUUCGGUCAAAUCAAUAUUGUGCACUUUCAGAACUAGUUUUUCGCAAUAACGAAAUCAGAGAUUCAUACAUACAUAUUCUAGAUAAAAUUGUCGACGCUAUUUCCCUUACUUCCCUUACUCUUUCAAAAUCAAUGUCAAGAAGAGUACUAAAAAUCUUCCUGACAAGCGUAGAAUCAUCCGAAAACUUCAAUAUGAUAAGAAACUUAGUAAUUGAUGGCUUUCCGGAAAUGUAUAUCCUUACUUCUACCCAAGUUUGCAAAAAUAUUAUAAAUCUUUCAUUCACCAACUGUGAAACUGAAGUCAUAACAGUGAUAAAAAGCCUUCUAAAGCUCGUUGACUGCAAAAUUGAGAAGCUGGACAUAAGUGGAAACUUAUGUUUGACAAAUGUCUCAAAAGCAGCGAAGUUCCCGUCUUCCAUCAAGGAGGUCGUGAUGAAUGACAUCAAGAUGGACGUAUCUUUCAUUCCAAAUAUCCUAACUGUCGUUAAUAAUUCAAAACAUCCAAUGACAUUACACUUGAGUCGAAUAAUCAACUCAUCGGAUACAUGGGGAUCGGCCUUUGAUCGCAUCGCUUCCGUAGAAUGCCCAGAACUAGAAGGUCUUUAUUGGGAUUCGAAUCCUAUCAACGGACAGUUCCUUAAAUUCCUUGAAUCGAGACGUGAUUUGAGGCUUUUCUCAUUCAGCGGAUAUACUAAUGAUGAUCAGAGCUUAAAUGACGUUUGCGAUUUUAUUUCAAUAAAUGAAACCAUCGAAACGUUGAUUAUUAAGGGUACUCCGAAGUCCAUGCCAAAGGAGGUCGCAAUGCAGAUAUACCGAGCGAUUUCCAACAACAGAUCCAUCAAAUCUCUUGAUUUGAGCUCCCAACAGUUUGACGGUGAACUUCUUGAUGCUCUGGAUACCGCUUUGAUGAAUAAUAGAGUUGUACAGUGCAUCAACAUCGAUUAUACAAGUAUCCAAGCAGAAGAUUUGAUUAAAUUCCUCAAACAGCUGAAAAAACGAGGAAUUGCCCUCAAAAUCAUUUACGAUACUUCUGUAUUCUUCCCACAAGGAAAGCACGAAGAAAUUGCAGCUCUAAUCAGAAAAAUCGGAUCUGGAGAUUCAUCAAUCGAAGUUCCCCAAGAAACAGUCAAGUUAAUCCCAUCAGAUAGGGCUCCUAAGUACAGGAGCAUCGUUGUGAACAUUCCUGCUCCAACUUCUAACCCUCAAUCGCGAGAAUUGAUGAUUUCCAAGGAAUUGGAAGAACCAGAGGAGGAAGAAGAGUACUCAUACAGUUACUCAUCGACAUACAGUGAAGGGGAAGGUGAUGAUAAAGAAUUACCUUCUUUGUUGUGUUCUGUGUUCGAUGCAAUACCUCCGCCACCUCCUGACCACUGCUACGAGGAUAUGCAAACUCACUAUCAUAUCAAUGAGAUUGUUGCUCGUGUAAGAGCGAAUGAUAAGUGA